AGAUUAGAGAAUCGGAAGAGGAGGGAGAGACUCGUAAAAAGUCACAGGGUCCGCGUUUGACGCUUCUAUUUUAAAUUUAUUUAAUUUUAUUAAAAUUAUAAAACCAAAAAAAUAAAAACACCAUUUUUUUCAGCCAAUCCUAAGUGACCGUCUUUCGGUGUCGUAGUACUUCUUCUUCUUCUUACUUCUUUCUCUCUACUUUCUCUCUCUUUCCAUCAUUUUCUCAGAAACCAAACGAAACAACUGACCGACGUGGCAAUGCGAAGUCGCGACCCCGCCGCGUCUAUUAACGCGUGCUCAACCACAAAGCCACCGCCAGCUCAUCGCAAUCGGUCAUUUCCAUAGCUAGGGUUUUUUUAUUUUCUUUCUAAUUUUGGUUUUUUGUUGUUGUAUUUGGGGGGUUUUACUCUUUUUGGUUUGAUUUUUUUUUUCGAAUUCGAUUAAAGGGGAAAGAAAAAGUGGAAUCGGUUCGAUUUUUGUGAGGUUAUGGAAGAGCGAGAAGCGCAAGCUUCGAGCUUUUAUAAGCCAUCGCUUGGAGAUGAGGGAGGUGGUGGAGCGAGGUUUGACCAGUCGGUUAGGGAGCUUGAGUUGAAGCUUAUGAACGUUGAUCAAUGCGAAACGAUUGGGGACUUGGAUGAUUCUCAGUUAGUUGGAGCUUCGAAUACGAUCGUCGCUGUUUCUGCUGGAACUGAUGGUUUGGGUUUGGGUAAAGGUGGUUUGAAUGAAGUGAAAUUGGUGGAGAAGCGGAAGAGAGGUCGGCCGCCUAGAGGACAGGUCAAGGCGGCGGCUCCGGUGAGGAAGAAGAAAGAUGAGGAGGAUGUUUGUUUUAUUUGCUUCGAUGGUGGGAGUCUUGUGCUUUGUGAUCGCCGGGGCUGCCCCAAGGCAUAUCACCCGGCGUGCAUCAAGAGGGAUGAUGCAUUUUUUCGAUCAAGAGCUAAAUGGAAUUGUGGUUGGCAUAUAUGUAGCACUUGCCAGAAAGCUUCACAUUAUAUGUGUUAUACUUGUACGUAUUCUUUGUGUAAGGGAUGUAUUAAAGACGCCGAUUAUGUUUGUGUUCGAGGAAACAAAGGAUUUUGUCAAACGUGCAUGAGAACUAUCAUGCUGAUUGAAAAGUUGAAUGUAAAUAAGGAAUCGCCUCAAGUGGAUUUUGAUGAUAAAAGUAGCUGGGAGUAUCUUUUCAAAGUCUACUGGGUUCUUUUAAAAGAUAAAUUAUCAUUGAAUAUAGAUGAGCUCUUGAAGGCUAAAAACCCAUGGAAAGCUCCUCCACUUGUGAUUUCUAAUAGGAUUUCUUCCUUCGAAAAUUAUUGUGGAAAUGAUGAUAAAACUUUUGCUUCAGGCAACUCUUGUGCAGACCUUGUAGCCUCUAAUGCUAAAAGAAGAAAAUUCGAAAAUGAUCUUAAUGUUGCACAUGAGAAUUGUUUGCCUGUUGACGAAUCUGGCAGUGAUAUAGCAAAGCCUAUUCAAGCAGAACCAAACUGGGCCUCGAAGGAGCUCCUGGAGUUUGUUGCUCAUAUGAGAAAUGGUGAUACUUCUUUGAUGUCCCAGUUUGAUGUCCAAACUUUACUGCUCGAGUAUAUAAAGAGAAACAAGCUUCGUGAUCCUCGUCAAAAAUGUCAAAUUGUUUGUGAUUCAAGGCUUUUGAACAUGUUUGGUAAAGCGCGUGUUGGUCACUUUGAAAUGCUAAAGCUUCUUGAAUAUCAUUUUCUCAUAAAAGAAGACUGUCCUGUGACCAAUGCUAUUAUGAAGGAAAUUGUUGAUUCUGUUGGUAGCCAGAUGGAGUCAGAUCAGAACUGUCAUAGUCAAAUUACAAUGAAUAGUGAUAAGAACACCAAGACACACAGUAGGAUUAAUGACAUAGGAUUGCCAACUAAACUAGAUGCAUAUGCAGCAGUUGAUAUGCACAACAUUAACUUAAUUUACUUACGUCGAAAUUUGUUGGAGAAUCUAGUUGAUGAUGCUGAAAAAUUCCACGAGAAGGUUGUUGGGUCAAUUGUGCGAAUAAGACUUCCUAGUAAUGAUCAAAAGCCAGAUGUGCAUAGGCUUGUCCGAGUAGUAGGAACCACUAAGAGUACAAAAUCUUACAACAUUGGCACGAAGGCAACUGAUGUCAUGCUUGAAAUCAUAAAUUUGGAUAAGAAGGAGCUUGUAUCAAUUGAUGCAAUUUCAAAUCAGGAGUUCUCUCAGGAUGAAUGUGAACGUUUGCGUCAGAGUAUUGAAUUUGGGCUCAACAAGCGAUUUACAGUUAGUGAGAUCCAGGAAAAAGCAAUGGACCUUCAUGCAGUGAAAUCAAAUCAUGGGCUAGAGGCAGAGAUAUUGCGGCUUACUAAUCUUCGUGACCGAGCUAGUGAAAAGGGACACCGAAAAGAUCUGAGAGAAUGCGUGGAGAAAUUACAGCUUCUGAAUUCACCAGAGGAACGUAAGCGCAGACUGGAAGAGGUUCCCGUAGUGAACUCUGACCCGAAGAUUGAUUCAACCUGUGAGUUUGAUGACAAUGGUGAGGAAUUAAAUGAGCUCUUGUAUAACAUAGAAUACACAUUUGUUAUUCUCUCAACUCUUUUUCACUUUAAUCAUUCUUAUGGAAUGUUAUACUUCUCUGAUGAUAGUCUUACUGAAUCAUAUACAGAUGAUAAAUUCAAAACCAAAAGAUCUGGCUUCGAUACAAAGGAAAAGGAUCCUAUUUCUUCUGGACAAGGAAGGGAUGUCUUGAUUAACGGUGGAAGCAGUGCACUAAAUCAUUCAACCGCCUCUCUUGAGCAAAGCAAGGAUAAUGUAGAAAUAAUUGAUCUAAAUGGUUCGUAUACCUUGAAUAACAAGGUUGAUCCUACUGAUACAGGUAUUGAUUGGAGUAAUCAAGCAGUGUUGGGGUCCGAAUUAUUCUCUGAUGCAUUGGAAGUUUUGACACUGGGUCUUUCCACAGGGGCAAAUCAAUCUGUUAAUGAUUAUGAGAUAGAGAAGAUAUGGCAUUACCGGGACCCAACUGGGAAGGUUCAAGGUCCGUUCUCUAUGCUACAUUUGCGAAAAUGGAGUGCAAGUGGAAUGUUUCCUCAGGAGUUGAGGAUAUGGAGGGCGAAUGAAAAACAAGAAAACUCAAUACUUUUGAUUGAUGCAUUGACUGGGCAGUACUGUAAAGAGCAGUUAUUACCAUGCAAUAGCCAUUUGCCACAGGAGGAAGUCAAGGGUUCUUCUGAUGAUAGAGGUAAUGAUGUGGAUGACAGGCAAAACAAGAGCAUGAUGAUGAAUGCUACUGCAGCAGAUGGUGAAAGAGUCGAGGAGAGCAGAAAUCUUGAGCAGGAUGACCUGAGUCGGCUUCGUGAGGGUAACAAUGAAGCUGUAGGUAGUGAUGGAUUGGGCUCUCAUUUGUCUAGCUGUGCUACUCUUGCGGUCAAUUCCAGCGAGGAACAUAGUGGAAUUUUUCCAGAGGGCUGGGAAUCAUUUAAGGCUAAUCCUAUUUGGCCUCAGGCCCAAGUGAGUAGUUCGUUACCCACUUCUGUUUUGCCUGGGAAUCAAAACUUGUUGCAUCAUAACAGUGAAGAACAUGGAACUGAAAGAAACUCCGGUCAGAGCAAUGAAAAUAUGACUCCGGAUUGUCAAACUAGAAAUAACCAGGGCUGUGAAAACCUAUCUGAGGGUGAAGGUCAAUCAGGUCAAUCUUCUGGUCAGAACUGGAGACCUCCUGUAACUAGUCCUUCAAAUGGCUGGGAUCCCAAAGCUGAACUUGAGUCUGUGGUCAAAUCACUUGGACUAUUUGACGAAGACCAGGAGGAAAUGCCAAAUCAGCCCACUUCCACCCAAAAGCCAAGUCAUGAGAGCCCAGAAGGUCAGGUUGCUGAAAAGUCUCAGUCUCCUUCAAUUGCUCCCAUUCAGGGUGCAGGUGUUAGCUGGAGCCCUGCUUCUAGUCUAGUUAGUGGUGGCGCACAGCUACGUAAAGCAGCUGGUGACUGUUUUGGAUAUUCCUCUAAUCCAGCCAAACCUGCUGUUGAGGAAUGGGACUCCAGUCUUGUCUCUGCAUCUUCUCUUAGGCCAGCCAAUGCCGACAUUGCCAAUGAUCAUGCUGCCACUCCAGCUUCAAUUAGUGAUCAACUUACACAUUCUUCAUCCUCUCAUCCUCAAUCUAAUGCAUCUAGUUGGCAUGAUUUAGUUCCUGAUCCUGAUGAAUUCAGUUCUCUACCUGAUGAAUCCGUUUCAGAUUUACUAGCCGAAGUUGAAGCUAUGGAGACUCUACAUCGUUUGUCUUCCCAUAAUAUGCUAAACCAUGGAGGUGAGUUUAGAGAGGGUUCUAAAACUGAUUGUCUCAGUUCUGUUGAGGAAUUUAGCCCAGCACCUGAGCCUGGAAAGGGUGAUGCUUUGAGCUCCACAGCUGACGUACACUUAACUCCUCAAUCUAAUGUGACAGAUGAAUCACAUGUUAGAGGUAAUGCAGGUGUAAUCGAUCGUGGAAAGAGGUCUAAAGGGCAUCCUUCGGUGAGUGCUGAUAUGGAAGGGGAUGCGAAGCACAGUGAUGUUUCAGUAAACCAAUUUGAAGCAAACCCAGAUAUUCAACCACAUGCACCAUCAACAGCAGGUUGGGAUGUGGCUAUGACAGAUGUCCCUUGGAAUGCACGAUCCGAAAGCACCAACAACUGGGGAGCAGUUCCUGCAAAUGCAGGAAUGGGGGGCUGGGAAGGAGGAUUAGAGCAAGGAAAUGGUCUUAUGGAUUGGCGUCCUAGUCAGCCAACACCACCACAGGUAAACACAAACAUGAAUUUGGUUACACCUCCGGCGAGCCUUUUGGGAAGCUAUCCUAGACAUGGUGGUGGAGAGACUUUGGGAAGCUAUUCUAGACAUGGUGGCGGUGGAGAGACUUUGGGAAGCUAUCCUAGACAUGGCGGUGGAGAGAGAUUAACUAGUCCGAGAGAUCGGGGUUAUCACAGUAGGGAUUCAGGUGUUCAUAGGAAUAGGCAUUCCUUGCACAGGCAACCAUUUUAUGGUGGCAGCGGCUACGGAGGAUCUCAGUUCAGGCCUCCCCCCAAAGGGCAACGAGUUUGUAAAUUCUUCGAAAGUGGAUUCUGCAAGAAAGGUACAUCAUGUAGUUACUUGCACCCAUGAUUUUGGGUUAGACACGGCAUAAUCAUAAUCAUCGGUUAGAUACUUUUGUUCUUCUGUAUCAUCAUUAUUUGUAGUAGGGGAAGCUUGUUCUUACCAGUGUUGUAAUUUUAACCUGUAAAAGUAGCAAGGCAGUCGGUCAGUCAGUCAGUCAGUCAGUCAUGCGGCUUAGUAUAUGCAUAUGUAUUUUUUUUUGGUGAUAGCUUAGCCGGGUCCAUAGUUUCAUGUUUUGAUGGACCCUUAAUAUUCAUUUUCUAUAAUGGGCAAAUGGAGCAGAUAAUGUCUGCCAUUAAUGCAUUGAUGGAAGAGUUUUCAACAUAA